CCUGCAGGGGAAGUGCAGAAUUUUAACCAGUGGACUGACAGCGAAGUCCCUUCACUGUGUGUGUGUUUUACUAUAAAAUAAUCUCAUAUUUUGGAUUCUGGCUAUGUUACAAUGAACACCACUUUGCCGUCGGACAUCAUUGGUCGGAGAGUUGAAGUUAACGGGGAGCACGCAACAGUGCGUUUUUCUGGCAUUGUCCCUCCUGUGGCAGGACUCUGGUUAGGAGUAGAAUGGGACAAUCCUGAGCGGGGAAAGCACGAUGGAAGCCACGAAGGGACUGUGUAUUUUAAAUGCAGGCACCCAACAGCCGGAUCCUUCAUUCGUCCAAACAAAGUAAAUUUUGGAGUAGACUUUCUCACUGCAAUUAAGAACCGCUAUGUGCUAGAAAAUGAACCAAAGGAAGAGGAAACAGAGCAGAUUGUUAUAAUUGGAAAUAAGCCUGUAGAAACCAUUGGUUUUGAUUCUGUUAUAAAACAGCAAAGUCAGCUGAGCAAGUUGCAAGACGUUUCUUUGAGGAACUGCGCAGUAAAUGGUGCUGGUGAUCAAGGAGGAAUUGCCAAAGCUUGUCCUAAUAUUAGAAGCAUCGAUUUGUCAAAGAAUCUGUUGUCAUCAUGGGAAGAAGUUAUAGAUAUUGCCAAUCAGCUCAAGCACCUAGAAGUCCUCAACCUCAGUGAAAAUAGACUAACAUUUCCCUCGAGCUCACCUUCUCCAACCGGAGCAUUUUCUACGCUGAAGGUUUUAGUCCUUAACCGGACAGGCAUAACAUGGGCAGAGGUGCUCUGCUGUGCCUCUGGCUGGCCUGUCCUUGAGAAACUGUACCUUGAGUCUAACAAUAUCGUCAUUUCAGAAAGGCCAACUGAUGUUCUACAGACAGUGAAGUUGUUAGACCUUUCCUCUAAUCAAUCAAUUGAUGAAAACCAGCUGUUUCUAAUAGCGUAUCUGCCCAGAUUAGAACAACUAAUCCUCUCUGACAUUGGAAUUUCUUCUAUACAUUUUCCGGACGCGGGAAUUGGGUGCAAAACCUCCAUGUUUCCUUCCUUGCAGUACCUUGUACUAAAUGACAAUCAGAUAGCGCAGUGGUCCUUUAUGAACGAGCUGGAUAAGUUGCAGAGUCUGCAUGCGCUGUCCUGCACGAGAAACCCCCUGACUGAAGGCAGCAAAGACGCCCAGACCACACGGCAGUUCAUCAUUGCCAGGAUUGGUCAGCUGAGGACCCUGAACAAGUGUGCGAUUGAACCAGAAGAGAGACGUGGGGCUGAGCUCGAUUACCGAAAAGCAUUUGGAAAUGAAUGGAAAAAAGCCGGGGGACAUCAGGAUCCAGAGAAAAACAGGCCAAACGAGGAAUUUCUUGCAGCCCAUCCUAGAUACCAGGCACUCUGCCUCAAAUACGGUGCACCUGAAGAUGGGGAACUGAAAACACAACAACCGUUUUUGCUCAAAAACCAGCUACUAACACUGAAGAUAAAAUAUCCCAAUCAACUUGAUCAGAAAGUCAUAGAGAAACAACUGCCGGAAUCCAUGACAGUUCAAAAGGUGAAAGGCUUGCUGUCACGUCUCCUCAAAGUUCCUGUGUCAGAACUUCUGUUGUCCUACGAAAGUCCCAAAAUGCCGGGCAAAGAGAUUGAACUGGAAAAUGACCUGCAGUCACUACAGUUCUAUUCUGUGGAAAAUGGGGACUGCCUACUAGUGCGAUGGCAACAGCCAACUAAUACAAGUCAGAGGUUUGAUCAUGUAUCAUGACUGGGUUUCACUGAAAAUAAAUGAUGUACUGGGACAAGUCUUUCCAAAAAAAAAGAGAGAGGUUUACAACUUGCUCUAAGUAUAGAAUAGCUGUAUUUUUCAUAGGGAAGAAAACAUUUCUAGGCAUGUAUAUAACAGCAAUAAUA